AAACGAUGCUAUAUAUUUUAUUUCCCUUGGCUUGCAAUUUCGGUAUCAGCAAAACUAAAACUUGAAAUCAGUUCAACUUAUGGAGAAGAAGCAUAGCAGAGUGCUGGGCACGAACAAGCUUCAAAUCAGUGAAGAAGGGGCGUCUCACUUAGUUGGGAGUAUAAUCGAAAAGGGUAUAUCCGAUAAGCCUCAAAGCAAGUAUUUUUCACCCACCCCAGCUCCUAAACCCACCGUUUUACCUUUUCCCGUCGCUCGCCACCGCUCUCACGGACCGCAUUGGGGUCCAGUAAGUAGUAAUAGAGGUAGCAACGAUGAUAAUGAAGACAAUGAAGAUGAAGAACAUAAUAACAUUAGUGAUGUGUCCUCGAUAGCUGCUUUUGCUAAUCCAGUACAGCGGAAAAACAAAAAAGAUUUAGAUUUAAGCAGGUGGAGAAAGCUAAUACCAAGCGAGAAUGGUGGGAAAAUAGAAGAUAGAGGAUCAAGCCUAGGAAAAAUUAAAAGAAAAAGUAAAGAUGAUAAAGAAACCAAAACUGAUAACAGGAGAAACAUAUCAUGUGGCCCAUCUUCAACUGGCAAGGAUGUGGUCAUUCCUGGUGUAAUGGAUGUCAGGACAGAGUUGAAUUCUUGCUUGCCUCUAGAUAAACCUAAAAAAGUUGUCACUAAAUUUUCAGGCUUUGAAUUGCUUGAUUCAGCUGCUGACAUGGAAUUAGAUAAUAGUCAUCAGCGGAAUCAUCCUGAGGAUGUGAAAGAAGAAAGCGCUGUUGUGAUGCCCUCAAACAUCCAACUGGGUGUGGAAUUAAUGUCAGAUGAUGGUUUUGAAGGACAUUUUGAGAAAAACGACCAUGCAUUACAAGGGGUGCUAAAGGAGAGGGACAUAAAAUCUUCAAGUUCAACUAAAGAUUUUAGUUUCAGGUCAAAUAAGAUCGAAAAUGAGAGAGAGCCUAUGUCUCUUGAGAGUGAGAUUGAUGCAGAGAAUCAUGCCCGGUUGCAGAGUAUGUCACCUGAUGAGAUUGCACAAGCACAGGCUGAGAUAAUGGAGAAGAUGGAUCCAACAUUAUUAAAUUUACUGAAAAAGCGGGGCCAUGAUAAGUUGAAAAAGCAAAAGUGCUCAAGCUCAGUUCUGGCUACCAAUUGUAAAGCUGCAAUUACUGUGGAAGAGAGUCAGUCUAGCCAUGAUUCUAAAGAUUCUCAGCAAUUUGAGGGGGAUCUUUCUCACUCACAGAGUAAGCAAGACAAUGGUGUGAUCCCAAAUACAGGCCAAUCUGGUGGCACUUUGUGGAAUGCUUGGACUAAGAGAGUUGAGGCUGUUAGGGAAUUAAGAUUUUCCUUGGAUGGGUCUGUUAUGUUAUAUGAUCCAAAAUCUGAGAGUGGCGAUAAUUCUGCUCAAAAUAAGCUUAGUGUUGAUAAUGUUGCUGAACGUGACUACCUCCGGACUGAAGGUGACCCUGGUGCCGCAGGUUACACUAUCAAUGAAGCUGUGGCGCUUACUAGGAGUACAGUGCCUGGACAACGGGCCUUGGCAUUGCAUCUGCUUGCAUCUGUGCUUGAUAAGGCAUUACACAAUAUUUGUGAAAAUCCAACUGGGAAUUCAUCGAGAUAUGAUAAUAAAGUUGAAAGAUCUAUUGAUUGGGAAGCUAUUUGGGCUUACGCACUUGGUCCAGAACCUGAGCUUGUUUUAUCAUUAAGGAUAGCACUGGAUGACAACCACAAUAAUGUAGUUUUAGCAUGUCUCAGAGUUAUUCAGUGUGCUCUCAGCUGUGACUUAAAUGAGUACUUCCUUCAUAUCUCAGAGAAAUUACCAAUGUGUGGGGGGGACAUCUUCACUGCCCCUGUGUUUCGACGCAAACCGGAUAUCAAUCUUGGUUUCCUCAGUGGUGGGUAUUGGAAGUACAGUGCAAAGCCUACUAACAUUCUUGUUUUUGGUGAGGAAAUCAUGGAUGAUGAGACUGAAGGUAAGCAUACAAUUCAGGAUGAUAUUGCUGUUGCUGGACAGGAUUUUGCUGCAGGUUUGGUUAGGAUGGGAAUCCUCCCCAGGCUUCUCUACAUUUUGGAGACAGGCCCUACUGUGGCCAUGGAAGAAUGCAUAAUUUCUAUACUUAUUGCAAUAGCAAGGCAUUCACCAACAUGUGCAAAUGCAAUCAUGAAUUGUGAAAGGCUUGUCCAAACAGUUGUUGACAGAUUUACCUUGAAUAACAUUGCUGAAGUUCAACCUUCCAAGAUUAAAUCUGUAUGCCUUUUGAAGGUGUUGGCUCGGUCUGACAAGAAGAAUUGUAGGCAUUUUGUAAAGAAUGGGAUUUUCCAAUCUACAACAUGGCAUUUGUACCGAUCUGUCUCCUCAGUUUAUGAAUGGGUAAAGUUGGGAAGGGAAAACUGUAAAUUUUUAUCUAGUUUGAUGGUUGAACAACUCCGGUUUUUGAAGGUCUGCAUUCAGAAUGAAUAUUGUUCGUCUUCUCUUCCAGAUAUCUUUCCUGCCCUUUGCCUGUGGUUGAAUCCACCUUCUCUUGAAAAACUUAUUGAGAAUAAUGUUCUUGGUGAAUAUACUUCCAUCACAAUGGAAGUCUAUCAUGUUUUUGAAGCUUUGGUGGCAAGACUUCCAAAAUUCUAUUCAGAGGAGCAAUCUGAUUGUGGUGAUGGUGAUACGGAGACCUUGUCUUGGAGCCAUGUUAGUCCAGUGAUUGAUACAGCAGUGAAUUGGUUAGUUGUGAAGAGUGAGUUUGGUUUACAAGAUUCAUCUGCAUCUGCCUUGUUGUGGGUGUACUCUUCUAUCAUGCUUUUCUUUAAUGGAGUUCUUGAAAGAGUGAGCCCAGAGGAUAACAUCAACCUGCAUGGGAGUGGCAAGCAGUUGUCUUGGUUGCCGGAAUUUGUUCCUAAAAUUGGACUUGAAAUUGUUAAGAAUGGGUUUUUUAGCUUUCUGGAUGCACAUGGACCCAGAUAUGGAACUCAUUUUGCUCAAGGAACCUCCUUUGUUGAAGAAUUAUGUCAUUUGAGGCAACAAGUUGAAUAUGAAACAUCAUUAGCUUCUGUAUCAUGCCUUCAUGGACUAGUCCAACUUGUGGUUUCCAUUGAUAACUUGAUCCAGUUAGCUAAGCCUGGGGUCUGUAAUACUUUCCAAGGAUACAAUCUAUGUAGAGAUGAAAAAAUACUUGAGGAUGGGAUACUGGCGCGAUCUCAGGUUGAAUUGAAAUGUGUGCUGAAAAUUUUUAUGGAGUUGGUUGCAUCAGAGUGGAGGUUUGUGCAGUGCAUUGAAAUCUUUGGUAGAGGUGGCCCAGCUCCUGGUCUGGGGCAUGGCUGGGGUGCUUCUGGUGGAGGAUUUUGGUCUUCAACUGUUUUGUUAGCACAGAUGGAUGCGCGAUUUUUUAUUCACUUGUUUGGAAUCUUUCAAAUGAAAUCAGUCUCAGAGUUACCCACAGAUGAAGAGAUGACUUUUGCUGUAGAAAGUAUUAAUUCUACCUUAGGAAUAUGUUUAACAGCUGGACCAAGAGAUAAAAUAAUUGUGGAGAAGGCAUUAGAGAUUUUGUUUCAAGUCCCUGUUUUGAAGAUCAUGGAUCUCUGCAUUCGACGUUUUCAAGCUAAUAAAGGAAUGAAAUUAUUUGGGUGGGAAUAUAAAGAAGAGGACUACAUGUUCUUCAGCAAAAUAUUAGUUUUGCACUUCAAAAAUAGGUGGUUGGGUGCUAAGAGAAAAUCAAAAGCUAUUGUUGAAAAUAGUUCUCGCAAUAUAUCAUUUAAGAAGGGUAGUGUAGCUCUGGACACCAUACCAGAGGACUUAGAUCCAUCAAAUAUUACGAGUCAAGAUCAUUGCUGUACCUCUUUGGCAGUAGAGUGGGCUCGUCAAAGAUUGCCACUUCCCAUGCAUUGGUUUCUCAGUCCAAUUACAACCAUCAGUUCUGGCAAGCAUGCUGGUCUUCAAACUGCUCCUACGGUGCUAAAUGUUGUUCGGGAACCUGAUGAGCUUGAAAUUGCUAAAUUUGGACUUUUCUUUCUUCUAGGCAUUGAAGCUUCGGCCACCUUCAUCUCCACUGAAAUCCCUUCCCCUGUUCAGAUUGUGGCAUUAUAUUGGAAAUUGCAUUCUUUAUCUGUGAUAUUACUUGCUGGAAUGAGUGUGCUUGAAGAGGAAAGGAGUAGAGAUGUUUUUGAAGCACUACAAGAGCAUUAUGGGCAGUUGCUGGAUGAGGCAUGGGCUAGCAGAAGCAAUGAACUCAUUCCAGAGAUUGAUGUAAAUUUAAUACAGACCAGAGAGAAGUGUAAUAUAGAGCUGCUGAGGUUUCAGUCAAAAAUUCAUGAGAGUUACUCAACAUUCAUAGAAACUCUUGUAGAACAGUUUGCUGCUGUAUCUUAUGGUGAUCUGCUUUAUGGCCGUCAAGUUGGAGUAUAUUUACACCGUUGUGUUGAAGCUUCUGUUCGUCUUGCUGCCUGGAAUUCACUAUCUAGUGCUCGUGUUCUUGAACUUCUUCCACCUCUAGAGGAAUGCAUUGCUAAGCCUAAAGGGUACCUUGAACCUGUGGAGGAUAAUGAAGAAAUUUUGGAAGCUUAUGUGAAGUCUUGGACUUCUGGUGCGCUUGACAGAGCUGCAACUCGGAAAUCAAUGGCAUUUACACUGGUCCUGCACCACCUUACAUCUUUCAUAUUCCUCUUACAUGCCAGUGAUAGCUUAUUACUACGGAAUAAGCUUGUAAAGUCUCUUCUGCGAGACUACUCCCGGCAGAGGCAGCAUGAGAGAAUGAUGUUCGAGCUUAUACGAUACGACAAACCAUCUCAAAUGCUCAAUCAAAACACAGAUUCAUCACUGCAGCAUAGCAGCAUAGAUGAAAGAUUUGAGAUACUAACAGAAGCUUGUGAAGGAAACUCCUCUCUUCUCAUUCAGGUGGGUAAGCUCAAGUCCAGUGUGAAAAAGCAGUUCAUUGUCACAGAUUAAACUGUAUUUAACACACAGAAGAAAAACAAUUGCUUCUUGUGGGUUAGGGAUUUCUCACUCUGUUCAACCGACCCCAUUUUCCCCCUCAUAUUUUGCAUCAUAAACAAGUGAAAUUGUUAUGAGAAGAACAGAUGUAAAUUUUUAUAGAAGGAAAAUAUUUAGUAUUGUCUCCAGAA